UUGGUUAAUGAUGAUAAUGUGAUUUAUACUCAGUACUAGUAGCACUUGACAUCCAGGAUCUUUGUGGUGAAAAACUGAAAAUGAAAGUCCCUCUAAUCCACUCGACUUUCCAUUAUGUCAACCUAAGGAUGUUCCCAAGCUUGUUGUUUCCACAAGGAUUAGUAAUAAUCUACGUUCAGGCAAACAGGAAUCUCGUCGAUCAAGCUUCUCAGCCUUUCCAUGGUCACAUGCUUUUGGAAGCCAUUCUAGAAAUAAUUCAUAUGCAGUUAAGUUAUCAACAAGUAGAAGCACAUGCCAAUGCAAGUUAUGACCAGAGCCUUCUUCCUUCAACUGGCAGUUCAAAUAAUGAAGUUUGUCCAUCCUUUUUUGCUACUGUCAAUGGAAUUCCUCAUCUCCUGUCACACAUUCUACAGAUUCUAGGUUGCUGCAGAUGCACACUGUCCAAGAUUAUUAUAAGCUGCAGAAACUCUGUGAAAUUGCAACUUACUCAUCGAGACUGAACCCAUAUGGAAUUAUAAAAUUGCAGAAGGAAACUUCACAGAAGACCAUGAAAGGUAAAAACUUUAAGCCAACUGCAAAACUUGAAGAAGUGCCUUCAACACCAUUUCAGCGGUUGGAUCCAACAUGGUGGCCAGAAGUGUCGACCAAAUAAUUCUUGCAAAGAAGUCAAGAGUUUCCAUAGUUGAGAAUAAAAUUGGUGUUCAUUCCAAUAAUUCUUGGAAAGGACAAGUGAGAAUGAUCAAGCAUUAUCUAAUGUAGAAACCUCGACUGCUGACAGCUUUGCAUAUAUUAUCAUUAUGGCUGUAAUGAGAUUGUUGCAAAGGUUCAUUUUCACAAACUAGUUUCAAAUGUUGUAAAUUUGUAAUUUAAAUAUAGGUGUACAAAACAGCAUAAUUCUUUGUUCGCUGUAUA